AUGGGUGAGUCAAAAGAAGUCUUCUUUGUCUAUUGCAUGAAACGAUUCUAUUUGGCCGUCUGCUUGUACUCUUGCGAGCUGUCGCUCCUCCGGAAGCACAUGCUUUGUUGCUCAACGGCGGUGAGUUUCACGUGCCCGUCAAUCGGCCAGACCCCCGUCGUCUCCCAACAGGGCAACAACCUCUUCUGCAAUUCUGCCGGUCAGCGGGACGUUUGCCCGAUAAAUUCCCUGUGCCUGUCGGCGGCCAACUCGGCCGGGUUGCUGAUCUGCUGCUUCAGCUCGCCGUCGAACGUGCAGCCAAUCUGCCCGAACAACGGCCAGCCACAGUCGAGCCUUGGCGGAAGCUUUGUAUCGUGUGAUAUCACAAAUCCUACUUGUAGCGCUGGGUAUACCUGUGUCCGUGCCUCAAAUGACUUCCAGACGACGUUGUGCUGUACCCAGGGCUCAACUCCGACCGAUCCGAUUUGUCCCAAUCAACAGACUGCUCAAUUGACAAAUGGCCGGCCGACAUAUUGCAAUCCAGCGACGCUGUCAUCGUGUAGCUCGGGCUUCUCCUGCACGGCGGCCUCUAACGUCGCCGGCACGUUCAUCUGCUGCAGCUCGUCCGGAACUUCGACUUGCCCCGCCAAUUUCAGCCCGAGUCUUGAUAAUCUUGGAAACCAGAUAUUUUGCACUCCUACAAACACGGCUGGGUGCCCGGGCGGGUCGCAGUGCUUGCAGUCGCCGAACAACAACGCGUUUUUCCUGUGUUGCAGAUCCAGCAUCUCCCCACGCGUCUGUCCAAACGGGCAAAAUGCUCUGAUAAACUCGAAUGGAAAUUUGGAGUCGUGCACGGGGCCUGGAGCGCCGUGUAGUCAGACGGGCUACACCUGCACCCUAUCGCCAGUGUUGGCCCAAUACUUCUGCUGUGGUGCCGGAAGUAGCCAAUUGGCCGUUUGCGCUGACGGACGGGAUACAUAUCAACAAGUGUCGGGCCAAGUAUACACCUGCAGCCCCUUGCAGCUUCCCACCGGCUGCCCGGUUGGGUAUGAUUGUGCACAGAGUAGCGUGCUAGGCACAUACGUCUGCUGUCGGACGGCGGCAACAACGGUAUCGCCUCAGACAUGUCCCUCCGGAUGGAACGCCUACCGUAAUGAGGUGACGGGAGAAACGCGAACCUGCACCGGGCCUUUUGAUAUGAGCUGCCCGAUCGGCUUCUCCUGCACCCCGGCAAACAACAUGUUCGCCGGCUCAUCGGCCUUCGUCUGCUGCAGAUUGGCGACGGCUUUGCGAUGCAUCUCGGGGCAACCCCUACUUCUCAACAACCAACCCCGACUCUGCUCCACCCAACAACUGAACCAAUGCCCUCCGAGUUACACCUGUCAACAGUCAACUAUCCCAUCGAUCACAAUUUGCUGCACGAAUAUACCAUUCCCACUUUCGAGGGACAGCUCCCAAUUUUGCCCAGAUGGUUCCCAGGCUGCCCUGAUCGGGACUACGGUACAAUACUGUACGGACGUCGGAACCCAGUCAAGCUGCCCGACAUCCCACAUUUGCCAGCAGAACGUGGCCGGCCGGAACUUAUGUUGUCGUGUGACGAGGGCCCGGAUCUCUUCGUCAAAAUUGGCCCCGUCAGCCCUCAAGGAAACGGCUGAAGUCUGCGGCCCAGGCACUAUAUCCCAGAUGAAGGCCGGCGUCGUCGUCAAGUGCGCUGACCAGCGAGAUUGUGAAAAGCCGUUCAAUUGCCUCGAAUCGCCCACCCACUCGAACGCUUCAUUUUGCUGUCAGCGGGCUCGAUGUCCGUCCGGGGUCCAGUUGUCGGCAGAGGGGCGACUCUGUACAAACGACGGGGACUGUGGCGUCGACGCCCAAUGUCAGCGGGCGGUCAAUAUGCCAAAAGUUUCGGUCUGUUGCGCCGUGGAGGGGCCGGCGACGACACGAUGUGAAGGCGCCGGUACCCUGCUCGUCUCCGGCAGACCGGGAGAAUCCGUGUGUGAUAAGGGCUACGAAUGUUCCUCGAGAACAUCCACAGCUCGAGCGGUUUGCUGCGCGCGCGCGACGACGGUGGGAGCCGUGGUUUGCCCGCCGUCGCGGGUCCCCUUCUACGUCUCAAUGAUAGCGAAAAAGUUGCUAUACUGCGACGAUACGGGCUACAUGUGCCCGCUGGACUUUGAGUGUCUCCGCUCGGCCGACCUUGAUCGUUUUUUGUGUUGUUCUCCAUUGCCCCGGUGCCCUGGCGGGACACGACCUGUUGAAGAUGAAGGAGCUCAAAUAAGGUGUACGGGCGAGAAGGACUGCCCGGCCGGCUCAUUCUGCCGCCCCUCAUCCGUGUCUAACCAUCGAAUAUGCUGUGGCCAAGACGACGAA